AGGCGGGAUCGUGGGUGCGCACUACUGAGGAGCCCCACAACAGGACGAAACGGCCGUCCAGUGCUUCCAGAUUUUCCAUGGUGGUCUGGUUUCAAUUGACUCAUGGUCUCAACUAUUAAAAUUAAUAUAAUAUCCACAAAAACCCCUUCAGAACUAAUUUAGGCAUUUUAGUAAUAUUCAUCCUAACAAUUAUAUUAAAAAACGAGUGUGUCAAUACCAACAUAUAGGAACGAGGAAUACUUGGAGGUUUCCGUUCUGCGACUAUAUGAAGGAAACGUAGAUGAACGUGUUCUAAAUUUUAUCCAUAGUGCGAGCGAAACAGGCCAUGAAUAUCGAUAAAUUGCUAAUAAUUAAUUGGUCUAUUAAGGCAAUAUUACUAUUGGUUGAUAAUUUCUGUUAUAAUACAUAACUUGAUUACCAUACUUUAAUUUCCUUCCCGUUUAAUUAUUGAUUCAACAGUUGAUUGGUCAUUUAAUUUCAAUAUAUUUAUUGGAAUGAAGCUACACUUUCACGUCUGACCUUUUAUCUUACUUCGGUUGCACGUCGGUGGAUCUACCAACAAUGAGUCAAACAUAUGAGUGGAAAAGCGAGGUCAUAAAGAAACAGGCCCAAAAAGAACGAGAGAAAGACGUGGAAAAACGAUGGGAAGACGUCAUGUCUAAGAACGGUGAAGGAGCUCCCGAAUGGUUAAAAGAAGCUGCUAUGAAGAAAAAGCAGAAACAAAUUUUGAAACUGAAAGAUGAGAAUUUAGCUCCAUGGCUUAAAGAAGUUCAGAAGAAGAAUGCCGGCUUAGCAAGAAGGAUAUCCGAUGCCACAAAUUCUGAAAUUGAAAUUUGAUAUGUUUAUUUGAAUGAAUGGUAAACUAGAUUAUUCAAUAUCAUAUGGAUUGCAUACAGAGAUUAAUUAUACUACAAACAUACAUAUGCGUUUAUUACCAUGAUUCCUUUCCUUGUAUAUUAUUAUUUACGCUUUAUUUAAUAACCUGAUUUAUGGAAAUCCAGAAUAUUUUG